AUGCUGUCCUUAGUCAUAGCAGAGAAUGACAAAGACCGUAAUAAAUUAUACAGCUCACGAAGGGUUUAUUGGGAUGAUGAAAUACAACGGAACUUCGAGAAAUUAGUAGAGGGAUAUACAAAAGAGUCAGGACCCGCUACUUUCUUCUCAGAUAUAGAUUGGCGAAGUGUUGCCAGUCAAUUGAACUUUGAUGACAUAGAUUUUUUAAAGUGCAAAGCGGAUAGCAUAUAUGACUAUAGGUUUAAUUUGUUAGUGCUAGACAAAGAUGCAAAGUUAUCAAAUUUGUUAAGUCAAUGGCCAGUAAAGAAUAGGCAUUUAUAUCAUGAGGUUGAUCUAAUGAUCGAAAGAUUAGAUCUAAAGAAUUUUAAAGAGCAGGAAAGUCCUCCGGGGGCCUCACAGGAGCCAACAGUUAUUGAAGCUAAACCAGAACCACUGCCCCAUCUACAAGAAGGAGCUCAACCCGAAGUAAUAGAAUUGAGACCUAAGCAAAGGAGAUUGUCUCUAGAUUUGAUGCAGAUGAAGGCGGAACAUGGCGAAUCUCGAAAAGGAGCCCUACAAGCAAGAAAAUCUAGUUUCAGCAAACCAGCUCUAAUUAGUACUACGAACGUUAAUGUAAUUACAAGAGCAGAGGCUAAUCCAAAACCUACGAACUCAAAGAUGAAUUUAGAGUCACCAAAAAGAAGUAUAUUCAAAGAUAUGCUGAAGAAGUUGAAGUUGAGCCUCAUUAAAAAGAACAGACAACAGCCCAAGAUGCCCAUUCCUCAAAUAAUUGUGGCACCUAGAAGACAGGAAAGUAGACUUCCUCUUAGUAACAAUAAUGGACCUUUUGAGCGUGGGAGUAGAGAUGAUGUACUUGAAGCAAGAAAACAGAAACGAGAUGGCGAACUGCCUCUAAUGAAGCAAAGCAGAAGGGCUUCACUAGUUGGUGAAAAUCUUCCCUCAUACAUUAGAGAACAAUUACAAAGAGCUGGAAGCGACACACCAGAGACUCCAACCGUCCCUGAAAUAUUGACAAAUAGAGCUCAGAAGGUAACCAGACCAAAAGAAAAAGAAAAAACCAAACCAUUGAGCCCCAAUUCUAGCCUGGUGUAUAGAUCAAGGCUCCAAAAUCUUCUUGCAACUUCUCAAUCUUUGUACGCUCAUAAUAAAGAUCUUGAAAGCAUUAAAUCAGGAAAUAUAGGGAGCAAUGCUCACAGUUCAAAUACGUCAGGAUAUGAAAUCGAAGGCACCAACAAAAGCACGUCUGAGGAAGGCGAUGAGGACAAAGAAUACAUACUGCCCACCCUGGUUACUAAACUAUACGGAGCGGAUGCAAAUGAAGCUGAUGGUGAACAGAUAUUACGCGACUUGGGAGAUGACGAUACAUACUUCUUGAAUGUCAAUGAUAGUUACGAUGAUCUAAUUGAGGAGAAUGGAGAAAAUGACAAUAACGAUGAUGACUAUUUAUUUGCAGCUUAG